AGAGAGAGAGUUGAACCUACUACUACUACAACUAAGCUCUUCUCUCUUAUUCUUCUUCUUCUUCUUCUUCAAUCGAGCCCGUGACCUCCCCAAUCCAAAAACCAACCUUAUCCCCCUUCGCAUUUUCGAUCUCGCUCUUUCUUUCUGCGCGGUCGGAUCUCGGAGGCGAUUACUACUCUCAUCUCCGAUCGUCGUCGAUCACCGGAAUAUUGAUCACAUUGAUGAAGCUGCGGAGGAGUUGGACGCGUUUUGGCUGCGGUGGAAGAUGAGGUUCUACAUAUCCACGACGGGGAUAAAGAGAUUAACGAUAGCCAGCGCCGGCGCCGGUAACGGCAAGGGAUCUCCGGCGCCGGCGUCCGUGAGGAGGUUUUCCGGCAGGACGCUGUUCCCUAUAGUGCUCGUGCUCGCGCUCCUUUUGCCGUUUCUUUUUGUCAGGAUCGCCUUCAUUGUCCUUGAUUCUGCCGCUGCCUGUUCUUCCUCGCCUGGUUGUAUAGGAUGGAGGUUUUUCAGCGGGAGUGACGCAUCAGUUCUCAGAGAGGAAUUGACAAGAGCGCUACUAGAAGCAAAGGAUGGUAACAUGGAUGAUAAUGAGGGAGGUGGGAUAGAGUCAUUCAACCAGCUUGUCCAGGAAAUGACACUGAAACAGCAAGACGUCAAGGCAUUCGCAUUCAGAACAAAAGCUAUGCUAUCAAAGAUGGAACACAAGGUUCAGUCAGCCAGGCAGCGGGAGUCGAUUUAUUGGCAUUUAGCUUCACAUGGUGUGCCCAAGGGCGUACAUUGUCUUUGCCUCAAGUUAGCAGAAGAAUAUGCAGUAAAUGCGAGGGCUCGAUCUCGUUUACCAUCACCUGAAUAUGUUUCUCAACUUUCUGAUCCCUCCUUUCACCAUCUCGUUCUCCUAACAGAUAACGUCCUUGCAGCUUCUGUUGUUGUCUCUUCUACAGUCCAAAAUUCAGCCAACCCUGAAAAAUUGAUUUUUCACAUCGUCACUGACAAGAAGACUUACACUCCUAUGCAUGCAUGGUUUGCAACUAAUUCUAUCAAAUCAGCAGUGGUGGAAGUUAAAGGGUUACACCAAUAUGACUGGUCUCAGGAACUAAAUUUUGCAGUCAAAGACAUGUUAGAGAUCCACCGCUCAAUCUGGAAACAUUAUUACAAUGAUUUGAAACAGCAUGACUUCGAAUUUGAUGAAGAACAUAAAAGAUACCUUGAAGCUUUGAGUCCCAGCAGCCUUUCUCUCAUGAACCUUCUUCGAAUUUAUAUCCCUGAGCUGUUUCCAGAUCUCAACAAGAUAGUGUUCUUGGAGGAGGAUGUUGUAGUACAACAUGACAUAUCGGCUUUGUGGGAAUUGGAUCUCAGUGGAAAUGUUGUUGGUGCAGUUGUCAAUUCAUGGUGCGGUGAAAACUGCUGCCCAGGAAGAAAAUACAAGGAUUACUUCAAUUUUUCACACCCUAUCAUUUCAUCCAACUUUGUUCAUGAUCGUUGUAUGUGGCUGUAUGGCGUAAAUAUUUUUGACCUUGAAGCUUGGAGGAGGACUACUAUAACAGAGACUUACCAUCAAUGGUUAAAACUUAGCCAGCAAUCUGGGUUGAAUUUGUGGUCUCCGGGAGUAAAACCACCGGCCUUAAUUGCAUUUGAGGGUCAUGUGCAUCCUAUCGAUCCAUUGUGGCAUGUGGCCGAGCUAGGUCAUCGCUUCCCAGAAGUUCCUCUAGAGAUAGUGGAAGCUGCUGCAGUUAUACAUUUCAGUGGCCCAGCAAAGCCAUGGCUUGAGAUCGGGUCUCCAGAGGUACGAGGCUUGUGGAAGAGACAUGUAAAUUGUUCAAACAAGUUCAUUAGGAGAUGUAAAGUCAUUUGGUGAAGAGGACGAAGUUCUUUUUGCUCUCACAUAUUCAUUUUGGGACAAGAGCCAGAUCAGGCAUAGUUUGGGACCAGAGGGAAGAAGGUUUUGGCUUCAGCCUCUGCUCAUCACACUAAGCUCUCGACACCUGAUCGACAUGGCUAUUUCAUGUCCAUAAUAGACGAUAGACGAAGGUACGCAGGCGAUAUAAUACCAUAGAAUCAGGACAUUCAACCUUCAUUAUUGCAUAUAAGUGAUAUAAAUUUCAUGGAAAUGUAUCUAAUGCUGUAAAUUUACUCAGGUUAUUCAAAUUGCUUAGCUCAAUGAUGGAUCUCGUUAAUAAGGCUAUUCAUUUCUGUUUGUCAUAGGCAUGAGUCUUCUGUUUAUGUAGUUAUUCUAGCUCAGUGGAGUAGUCUCUUCCACUAAAACAGAAACUCUCUGUCAGCAAUGGAUAUGUAUGCAUUGCCAAUUUUGGAGUAAUCUGAUUGUUUUUUACCCCUA